AUGUAUGUCUGUCUUUGUCUAUGUAUUCUUCCGUCUGUCUUUCUCUCUUUCAUCCUUCCCUCUGUUAGUCUUCUAAAUGUAUGUCUGUCUUUCUUCUCUAUGUAUGUCUUUUCACUUCCGUCUGUCUUUCUCGUGACUCUCUUUCAUCCUUCCCUCUGUUAUCUUCUAAAUGUAUGUCUGUCUUUCUUCUCUAUGUAUGUCUUUCUCACUUCCGUCUGUCUUUCUCGUGACUCUCUUUCAUCCUUCCCUCUUCUUCUAAAUGUAUGUCUGUCUUUCUUCUCUAUGUAUGUCUUUCUUACUUCCGCCUGUCUUUCUCCUGACUCUCUUUCAUCCUUCCCCUCUGUUAGUCUUCUAAAUGUAUGUCUGUCUUUCUUCUCUAUGUAUGUCUUUCUUAGUCUUCUAAAUGUCUGUCUUUUUCUCCUCUUUUUGACUCUCUUUCAUCCUUCCCUCUGUUAUCUUCUAAAUGUAUGUCUGUCUUUCUUCUCUAUGUAUGUCUCUUUCUUACUUCCGUCUUCUAAAAUGUCUGUAUGUCUUUCUUACUUCGUGUCUUUCUUUCUCUCUUUCAUGACUCUCUUUCAUCCUUCCCUCUGUUAUCUUCUAAAUGUAUGUCUGUCUUUCUGUAUUCUUUCUAUGUAUGUCUUUUUCUUUUCAUCCUUCCGUCUGUCUUUUCUAUGUCUGACUUUUUCUCUUUAUGUCCUUCCUUCUGUUGUCUUUCUAAAUGUCUUUCUCCUUCUGUUUCUUCUAAAUGUAUGUCUUUCUUUCUUUCUGCCUGUCUUUUUCUUCGUCUGUCUUUCUCGUGACUCUCUUUCAUCCUUCCCUCUGUUAGUCUUCUAA